AUGGUCGAGGAAGAAGUUCACAGCCAAGUAUUAAACGACGAACCAGCAGAACCUACUUCGAAGAUUUUAAGUGAGUUAUCUUCAGUGUCUGUUUCAAAAGCGGGCAUGUGCAUGAUGGAUGUAAAUGAAGCAGGGCCUAGGGAUACUGAUACUGUCAUUGUAAUCAAUCAUGAAAAGAUUAAACAAAAGAAACAACCAUCAAAGAUUCAAGAUAAUGGAAUUCAUGGAGCAAGAGAAGAUAACUACUGUAAUCCUCUUCGCAGACAAGUACUUCUACAUAAGGUGGUUGAAGAACUAAUAUUACUAGGAACAUCAGCAUGUCCUGUGGCAACAACCACCUUCCUUGUAUUUUCGAAAUCCGUAAUCUCCAUGCUCUUCUUAAGUCACAUGGGAAAAUCUGAACUAGCAGGAGGUGCUUUAGCCAUUGGUUUUGCAAAUAUCACAGGCUUCUCAAUCAUGAAAGGGCUAUGCAUGGGAAUGGAUCCCAUUUGUUUUCAAGCCUACGGAGCCAAGAGAUAUUCAGUUGUUAGCCAAAUCUACAUUAAAACGUUCUUUCUCCUCUUGCUUAUUUCCAUUCCCAUCACAUUUCUAUGGCUAAACAUCGAGCCUGUUCUACAAGGCCUUGGUCAAGACCGUGUUAUCACAAAGGUCGCAGCAUCAUACUUAGUGUUCUCUCUCCCAGAACUCCCAGCCUUAGCACACCUUCUACCCUUGCGUUCCUUUUUGAGGACGCAAGGUUUGAAUUCACCAGCCACCAUUUCUGCCACUUGUGCUACAAUCCUACAUCUCCCUAUAAAUUACUUUCUUAUUAGUUAUUUAAACCUAGGGAUGAAGGGCAUUGCAUUGGCAUCCACAUGCUUCACAUAUAACAUGAAUAUCGGGUUGUUGCUAUAUCUUUACCUAUCAAAAGUAGCAAUCAAACCUUGGGUUGCAACAACCAACAUGGUGUUUGUUUUGAAAGGUUGGGGGCCAUUGUUAAGUCUAGCCAUCCCUAGUGUAUGUUCGGUUUGUUUGGAGUGGUGGUGGUAUGAAAUCAUUCUUUUUCUUAGUGGAUUGCUAAAGAACCCUGAGUCUUGUGUAGCUGCAACUGGGAUCAUAAUGCAGCUAACAGGCAUCGUCUAUGUGUUACCAUUUUCUUUGAGUAUGAGUAUAUCACAACGCGUAGGACAUGAGUUAGGAGCUGGGCAACCAGCUCGUGCACAGUGGGCUGCAGGAGUUGGGAUAUCAAUCGCCUUUAUAUAUGGACUUGUAAUCUCUGUAAUAUAUAUUGCUUUGAGAAAUGUUCUUGGAAUAUUGUACACUCGUGAAACGCAGAUCCUCGUCUUGCUUUCUUCAGCACUACCUGUUAUGGGCUUCGCUGAAGUGGGAAAUGCCCUACAAACGGCGGCUUGUGGGGUAUUGACUGGUUCAGCUAGACCCAAAGUGGGGGUGAGGAUAAACAUAGCUGCCUUUUACCUUAUAGGACUUCCUAUGUCAAUUGUGAUGGCUUUCAACUUGAAGAUGGGUUACCAGGGAUUAUGGCUAGGGUUGGUUGCAUCACAGGUUGCUUGUGCGUUGUUAAUGGUGUAUACGUUGAUAAAAACUGAUUGGAUUAAUGAAUCUAAGAGAGCAGAGGAACUAACAUUGAUUGUGAAUAAGGAUGAUACAGAGUCAAUAGAACUUGUCCCUUGA